UCUGUGUCUGUGUCAGUCUGUGCCCGACUCUUGUGUAGUUUUUUGACAAACGGUGGCUGCGUUGCCGUGCAAUUUAUUUCAAGUGUUAGAUAUAAUUAAAAAUGGGGGUCCCAUCAGAAGUGCAAACAGAAGCUAAUUCUAUAGUUCACCAAUUUCUGCAAAAUGUAGAUAAAGCGCUUGCACAAGAGUUUCUGAAGAAAACCAAAGCGAAACCUCGUGUCAAAGGUUUGCCGUCACUCACAGAUAUAAUUCAAGAAUUUAAUAAGCACAAAAAACCCCAAAAGGCAGCAGCUGCAGCAGAGAGUUCUGAUGAUGACUCCAGUGAAGAUGAGAAGCCACAAAAAAAGCCAGUUGCUCAAGUCAAUGGUAAGGCUGCACCAGCUAAAAAACCACAAGACUCAUCAGACUCCGAUAGCUCUGAAGAUGAAAAACCCAAAGCACAAGCUAAACCGAAACCAGCAGCUACUCCAGCCAAGAAGCCUGAAUCUUCAGAUGACAGUGACAGUAGUGAAGAUAAUGCCACAUCUAAGCCAACAAAACAACCAGUGAAACCCAGUAACGCAGCACCCAAAAUAGUUAAAAAGCAAGAAUCAUCUGAUGAUGAUAGCAGUGAAGAUGAGAAGCCCAAACCUCAACAGAAAACACCAGCUAAAGCUCCUGCUCCAAAGGUAGCACCUAAAAAGGCUGAAAGUUCAUCAGACAGUGAUGACAGCAGUGAAGAUGAAAAGCCAAAGAAACCAGCUGCUACACCUGCUAAGCCAGCCGUUGCCAAGCCCACUAUUGCUAAGAAGCAAGAAUCUUCUGAUGAUGAUAGCAGUGAAGAUGAGAAGCCUAAACCUCAACAGAAGACGCCAGCUAAAGCUCCUGCUCCAAAGUUAGCACCUGCAAAAAAGGCUGAUUCAUCAGAUAGUGAUGACAGUAGCGAAGAUGAAAAGCCUAAGCCCGCAGCCAAACCAGCACCUAAAAACCAAGUCAAAGCAGCACCGGCCAAAAAGCAGGAGUCUUCAUCCGAUGAUAGCGAUGACAGUGAAGACGAUAAACCUGCUGCAAAGAAGCCUGCUCAACCUGUGAAGACUCCUGUUAAAGCAACUCCAGCUAAGAAACAAGAAUCAUCUUCUGAUGACAGCGAUGAUAGUGAGGAUGAAAAACCGAAACAGGCAGCUAAACCUGCUGCUAAAGCUACUCCAGCUAAACUAGUUGCUAAGGCAGCACCUGCUAAAAAGCAAGAUUCUUCAUCUGAUGAUAGCAGUGAUGAAGACACUAAACCACAGGCUAAGGUAACAAAACCCCAAGCAACUCCUGCUAAACCUAAAGCAACACCAGCUAAAAAACAAGAAUCCUCAGAUGAUAGUGAUGACAGCGAUGAGGAUCAAAAAGUGCCACAGAAGGCCCUCCAGAAACCUCAGCCUACACCAGUGAAACCAGCUAUUAAGGCUGCUGCCAAGAAAGAUUCUUCUUCUGACAGUGAUGACAGCAGUGAGGAUGAAAAACCAAAAGCAAUACAAAAAACACCAGCAAAGACUCCUACUAAAGCACCAGUCAAAAAAGCAUCUUCUUCAGAGGAUGAUUCAAGUGAUGAUGAUGAGCCAAAACAGAAAGCAACACCUAAGCCUGCUGCAGCCAAGAAAGCAGAGUCUUCUGAUGACAGUGAUGAUAGUGAUGAAGAUGCUCCUCCUGCUAAAGUGGCAAAGAAAGAAGCCAAUGAUCAGGCAGCAGAAAAUGGUUUUUCGUCAGGCAAGAAGAGGAAAGCAUCAGGUGGAGAUUCAGGUGGACCUGCCAAGAAACCCUACAGCAAUUUCGUAAAGGAGGGUGAAACCCAAGAAGGUGAAGAAAAUGAAGAGGAAACUGAAGGCAACACUUCUGGCGGAUGGAACCAACGUGGGGGACGUGGAGGAUUUAAUCGGGGGCGCGGUUUCAAUGAUAGGGGUAGAGGAGGAUUCAGAGGCCGUGGAGGAGGUGAUAGAGGAGGCCGCGGAGGGUUCAAUGACCGCGGGGGACGGGGCGGUAGAGGAGGUCGAGGUGGUUUCGACAGGGGAGGUCGCGGUGGCAGGGGUGGAUUCGACAGAGGGGGCAGGGGUGGAUUUGGCGAUCGUGGAGGACGUGGGGGUCGUGGAGGCCGCGGAGAUCGCCACUCGUGGGGUGGAGACAGGGGAGGAUUCAACAAAGGAGGUUUCAAUGACAGAAAAAGUUUUGAGGGAGGGGAGAAUACUCAAAACAAGAAAAUAGUAUUUGAUUAAGUAGAGUGGUUCACGUGGUUCAUGGGGUGAGCGUGCUAAUCAAGACUUGAAACAUACUCGUGGCAAGUCGUUCAAGCAUGAGAAGACUAAGAAAAAAAGGGGCUCCUAUCGCGGAGGCGCGAUUGAUACAGGUGUCCACUCCAUAAAAUUUGAAGACUAGAAUGCUUAUGCACCCGAGCAUGUCUUAUGGUAAAGCAUAAAAAUAUGUUGAAUAUUUUUUUGUAGUCAAAUCGCCAGAUCGUUUGUCAAAACGAAACUUGUUAAAUUAAUUUUUUUUUGUUUAAAUCUUCCAAUAAAGUUACAUUAUGUACUUCGCAUUCUGCCCCUUUUCUUGUAUUGAGUUCUCAAUAUACUGACAUAGACAGGUAAACUGUAUUAUUUUAUGUAUUACAAACAUGUGUCAAAUAAGUUUUAAAGUAGUUUCAUGUAUUAAGUACCUAGUAAACUCAUCUUAGGAGCCAGAUAAAAAAGGCAAUUAUUUGGAUUAUCUCCGCCUGACAUGCAUAGCUAGCACAUAUGUUUUGUAAUUUCAAUCUUUAUAUUUUUUUUGCAUACAGGUUUAUUUUCAUUCCUCAAAAGGUUUAUAUGGACAUAAAACAGACAAAUUGACAAACUUUCAUGAUGUAUUUCUGUAAUAUUUUCUAAAAUAAUAACCACAUUUUAUAAAAUGUGGUCUUAUAAGUACCGGGUUUAGUACUGGGUUUAGAGCAAUGUUCGCGACGAUGCUUUAUUUAUACCCAAUACUAAGACUGGUACUUUAAAAUCCUAAAGAUGAGAUAUUUCAAUCGCAUUACGCACGAUUUGCGUAAUUACACAUAGCAAAUUUUUAUUUUCAAUUAAUGUUUGAUAAAUAGGAAGGCUUUUUUUUAGUUUUUGUUCUGGCCAACUGUUUCAGGUUGUAACCACUGAUAAUUUAAAAUGAUUCUGACUUCAUUAUUUUUUAAGUGUUAUGUAAAUAGAUGUGUAUGUAAGUUUAUUUUAAUUGACUAUGUAUAUAGGUUAGUAUAAGCUUAUAAUUAAAAUAGAUUUUAAUACAAUUCAUAAGUAACGAGAAUAAGUAACAAUACAACAUUGUAUUUUUUUAAAUAUGUUUCUUUAAAUAGUUCAAUAAGCCCGCCUUUAAAUAUAAGGAUGGAUUGAUACUUCA